AGUACAUUUUUCUACACAUUUGAUUUUUAUGUUUUUUUUUACUAAAAAAUUGCAAGUUUUAAAAUGGAAGAUUCGUUCAUAAUUAAAGACCUUAUCGAAGAUGUUAGCGAUACAGAACCCUCGGACGAUACGCUCCUAUGCUCCGCAUCGAAUCCAGAGAAGACCUGUACGACAGAGACCUCUGCAACACCAAGGCUGGAUAUCUUAUGGGAUGGACAAAGCGAUCUGUCUGCUGCUGAACAGCAGAAGCAAGCGUUGGAUAAUUCGCACAGGCUGAAGUCGGGCGCACAACUUGAAGAAAAAACUUCCGAUAGCACUAGAACUUACACAGAUACAAAGACGGAGGUGGGGGAUGAGACUGUUAGUCAAAUAAAUUCCAAUCCGACAUCAGCACCGACUUUUGGUGAUAAAGAACCGAGUGCUUCAUCGGAUUUAGAUGAGAAGCUAGUUUUGCCUCUUGCAUGGUAUGAAAAGCUGGAGCUCAAUGAGGACAGCAAGGAAUGCUCCUCAGUCAAGAGCUAUAGAUCCCAGAUGGAAAGUAGACCCUUGACCCAAUCUGAGGAGCAGCUGCUCAUAGUGCCGCUCGACGAAACGUACAGCCUGAUGGACAAGAUUGACCUCAAAGCGGAAAUGAACAAUGGCAAGGAUCAGCAGCCGGGCAGACCACAUAUUGGCGAAAGGCUGCUGCAGUUCUUGCAGGACGGCAGCAAAUGGGACGUCAAGGUAUAUGUCGGGGAUUGCAAGUUCUACUGCCAUCUGUGCGUGCUGCAGGUGUACUCGCCGUACUUCCAGCGCUGCAAAAUGGAGGAGACCUAUGUGAUUCGUCUGCCAACGCUUAAGGUUACGGCGCAGGCAUUUCACAUCAUCUACAAUUGGAUGCUGUACGAUGAGCCGCCGCAGCGGAAGCGCUUCAGCAAUCGCUGCCUGCUGGAGAUCUAUAGCUCGGCCAAAUUUUUGGACAUCACCGAGCUAAUCGAUGCCGUGUGGAAUACGCUGGACAUAAUUAAGAACGAGAACGAGGCAUUUACACUGUUGCCGGACAUGAACUAUGUGGACAUGGCCACCUUUGAUUUCCUGUGCUUCUCCCGCAUCAGUCGCUUCUUUCUGACGCUCGUCGCCUCGCUCGAGUUCUCCGAAAUGGAUGCCAGCUACGUCUGCCGGCUGCUCGGCAGCCACAGCGUCGGCGUCAACAGCGAGAUUGAGAUCUUCUAUACGGCAUUGCGCUGGCUCACCUACAAAUGGCCCAAACGCCGCUCGUAUGUUCCCCAGCUGAUGGGCUGCGUUCGCUUUGGCUUGCUCUCGCCCGUGUUUUUGCGCUUUCUGCAGAACGAGCAUGGCACACGUGUCAUGGACUACAUCACAAAGUGUCCGCAGGUCCAGGAGCUGAUCAACAAGGCCUUCGUCUUUGCCUCAGCGGAGCUCUACUGCAAGGAUCCGCAACAGACUUUGCCCUUCCAACUGCCCGAGUACGAGGUGCCGGAGCAACGUCGCUGGCUCUACGACGAUAAGUGUCCCUACCAUCAUGAUCUCAAGUGCAGCCAGCGUCAGUUCUUUACCUACGAACAGUUCCUGGCCUAUUUGCAGGCGCUGCACGAAACCGGGCCCGAAUAUUGGCGCAAUUUAAUCUAUAUACUCGAGCCGGUAAACUGCUGUGCACGCUCCUUGCCCGACUAGACAGCCAGACAAGGAAGUGUGCCGCAAUAGCCAAGUCUUUCAAGUUGGGAGUCAUCGCUUUUUAAUAAGACAGCUAAAUGCGACAUGAA